GAUUGCUUUUGUGCUAACUGAUCCAUGUAUAGAUCAUGUGCUCACCCUCCCUCUCUUGUUUCGCUUCCUCUCACUGGCUCUCCUCACAUUUGUUUCUGAAGAACAGGGUGGUACUGGCGAGUGCUUUCUGUUUUCCAGAGAUGGCAGCAACUGGCACCCCGGACACCUUUAAGGUUGUUCAGUAGACGAUCACAUCACUGACGGACCGACAGUUAAAUCGGCGCCAUUUUAUUGUUCAGAAGAGCAGCUUCUAGUCUUUGUCCGUCUUCAAGUGGCCUGAAGUUCAGCGUCCUGGCUGCGUAUUCCUGCUUCUAUUGACAAUACUCUUCAGCACACAAGGGGAUCCUCUCAACAGCCUGGGAGACCGGACAGACGUCAUCCACUUCUCCACACCUGCAUGUCUGAGCCGUCUCAAGAGACAGCAAAAUUUCAACAUUUAACGGUGGGACCUCCUGAUUGUGAUGUUCGCGGACAUUGUAUUUACUCAUUAUUGACUUCAGUCUUGGAUUCUUUUAUUGCUUGUAGUUUUUAAGGAUAUUAGAUGGUCACUUGGAUGAAAUCCAUCUUCAGUCGUAGUUCAUCGUAUCAAAUUGAAUCUACCUGACCCAGCUGAGUAACGCAACACCAAACCAGGAGAGCAAUAUUGUUCUGGUGACAAGUUGGAUCUUCUUUUAAUUCCUCUCUCUCUCUCUCUCACAUGCAAGGGGGGAAAAGAAUCCUUGCUCCUUAUAGUGAUAAAAAACUUUUCUUCUGGUUCUCCAGGCACGUUGUUGAACGAGUUCUCUACGGCUGACUCGUGACAAACAAUAGCACUGGUCUGCUUCUUAAUAAUUCAUUACAUCAAAGAAAGCUGGCAUGGUAAAGAAGUGAAGGAGAAUACAAGCGGAGGAAAAGCAUAUGAAAAGUUGCGUUGUGAGGCUUGGACAUAACUCGUCUGAAGAUAUCUUCGAGAAAGGAGCUUCCUGAAGAGAAACGAACAGGGCAGACAGAAAGUCUAACCUGACGAGCAGUUGGUGGAGGAAGUGAAGAGGAAAUCAGACAAGUAGCCCUAGCUGGAUCUGCAGCAGGAGAAAAAGUGUCGUCCCGGUUGUGGCCCGACGGGUGGUACAGAGACAGUAGCAUCAUGGUGAAUACGGGUAUGCAGCUGAUCAGCUUCACCUGCGCCGUUACCGGCUGGGUCAUGGCUAUCGCCGUGACUGCGCUGCCCCAGUGGAAGGUCACGGCCUUCAUCGGGCCCAACAUCCUCACUUCGGAGAUCGUGUGGCAGGGCAUCUGGAUGAACUGCAUCUACCAGACCACUGGGCACAUGCAAUGCAAGACUUAUGACUCGUUGCUGGCGCUGCCGCCAGACAUCCAGGCGGCCCGCGCUCUCAUGUGUGUGGCCAUCUUCCUGGGCUGGCUGUCCUGCACGGUGUCCUGUUGCGGAAUGAAGUGCACCACUUGCGCCGGGGAUGAUCGCCAUGCCAAGGCUGGCAUAGCGCUGUCCGGCGGGGUGCUCUUCAUCCUAACAGGCCUGUGUGUGCUCAUCCCCGUGUCCUGGACAGCCAACACAGUUGUGCAGGACUUCUAUAACCCCAAUGUUCCCGUCCAGAGGAAGCGCGAGUUGGGCCAGGCCAUCUAUCUGGGCUGGGCGGCCGCUGUCAUUCUCAUCAUCAGCGGCAUUGUCCUGAGCACCACCUGCUCCUACAUCGAGAAAGGACACUACAGACGUGGCUACAUGGGCCGCAGCUUUGCUAAUUCCAGGCCGUCCCCACUGGAUCCCCCGAAACCCAUCAGCACCAACAGCGUGCCCCUUAAGGAGUAUGUCUAAGGUGCAAGGCAAGCAGUGGGAUUUCCAUAAGACUUGAAUGGAGAUUAUAGCGGGGUACAAGAGGGUCAGUUAUGUGAAAUACACACAGUGGAAGCUCUAAGUUUGGAGAGAUGGCCCUGUAGCGUUGUGUCUUUUUAGAGGUAGCGUUAAAUAUUUGUACUGUUUUUCUACUUUUCACUACUAUGAUGCUCUCACAGGGGUGUACAGUGAUAACUGCACUACAGUAUUUCUAAGUAUUUUUUUCUCUGAUUUAUUAAUGAUUGAAAUGUUAAGUUUACCCUGUUGGAAGUUUCUAAAGGAAGACUCCUACAUUUUGUCCUAAUUUUUUUUAAAUGAUUCCAGUGUUCAUGUGAAAUGUGUGCUUCGAAAAUAUAAUUAAAAUGG